CCGUAGUGUCAAUCACGUCAAGUGUGUCAAAUUACUCAAAUUCAAAAUAUUUCAGCAAAUUAGAACGAAGUUAAUUUAUGUAAAACGAUGGCAUCGCGAAAAGCAAUUCAUGUUGGUUCCAAGGUUGUUAAACCACUGCUUUCUACAAAUCCUGUAGAAGCAAGAAGGAGAGUCAUGAAUCUGUACAAGGCCUGGUAUCGCCAAAUUCCAUACAUAGUGGAGGAAUUUGACAUCCCCAAAUCAGAAAAGCAAUGCAAAGAGAAGCUGAAGGAAAUGUUCAUGCAAAACAAGGAUGUGGCUGAUAUUAGAGUCAUUGACAUGUUAGUUGUUAAGGGACAAAUGGAACUGCAAGAGGUAGUCAGAAUCUGGAAGCAAAAGGGUCACAUCAUGACUUACUUCAAACCAACAGAAGAGCCAAAACCUAAAGAUUUCCUCUCGAAAUUCUUAAGUGGAGUUGAAUAACUUAGAUCAUUUUGUAAAUAGUAUAUUCGCUGUUAAGUUAAAAUGUCAAAUCGUUAUGAAAUAGAGCAUUCAGUUUAAAUAGCUUUUCUUAU